AUGUACAAGAAUUCAUGUAGUCUGAAAUCUCAUAUGAGAAUACACACAGGAGAGAAUCCAUAUGAGUUCUUUAUAUGGGGGAAGGCCUUUAAUAGGCAAUAUGAUCUUAGAAGGCAUGAGAGAACACACGCAGCAGAGAAGCCAUCUGAAUGGAAUAUGUGUCAAAAAGCAUUUACUCAUCAUGAAACCUUUAAAAUACAUAAGAGAACACACGCAGGAGAAAAACCAUAUGCAUGUCAUCUAUGUGGAAAAGCCUUCAUUCAACUAUAUAACCUAACUCGUCAUGAGAGAACACACACAGGAGAGAAACCAUAUGAAUGUAACACAUGUGGUAAAGCUUUUUCUCGCUGUGGAACCCUUAAUAUUCAUAUGAGAACACACACAGGAGAAAAACCAUAUGAAUGCCAUCUAUGUGGAAAAGCCUUCACUGAAUCAUACAACCUUAUUUGUCAUGAGAGAAAACACACAGGUGAAAAACCAUAUGAAUGUAAUGUGUGUCAGAAGGCUUUUAUUCAUUCUAAUUUCCUUAAAAUUCAUCAGAGAACACACACAGGAGAAAAACCAUAUGAAUGCCAUCUAUGUGGAAAAGCCUUCAUUCAGUCAUCUGCCCUUACUAUGCAUGCAAGAACACAUAGUAGAGAAAAACCAUAUGAAUGUAAUGUAUGUCAAAAAGCUUUUACUCUUCUUAAAACCCUUAAAUUUCAUAAGAGAACACACAGGAGAGAAACCACAUGAAUGCCAUCUGUGUGGGAAGGCCUUUCAUCACUUAUCUAACCUUAUUAUCCAUAAGAGAACACACACAGGAGAGAAACCAUAUGAAUGCCGUCUGUGUGGGAAAGCCUUCACUCAAUCAGGUCACCUUACCAGGCAUGAGAAGACACAUGCGGGUGAAAAAUUAUGAAUGUCAUCUAUGAGGGAGGGCUUUCACUCGAUCGUCUCACCUUACUAAACAUGAGAAAAUAUGCACAAGAGAAAACAAUUUAAUGUCAUGUGUGGAGCAGCCUUCUGUGUAAUCACCAUGGUAGAUACAUGAGAGCACAGGGAGGAGAGGCGUCAUAUGAAUGUCGCCUGUGUGAGAAAGCUUUCAUGCUGUUGCCUUCAACAGGUACACAUGAGAAGACACACAUGAGAGAAUGUAUAUGAAGGUCAUUGCUUUACAAAUGUUUUAGUUGGUAAAUAAACUCCCCAAGCAAAGGCACAAGUCAGAGAAAUCUUGCUGAAUUUAUUUGUAUCCAAAAGCCUACAGCCAGGGGCUGGUGAGAUGGCUCAGU